AUGGCUACCCCUAGUGUCCUCGCUAUUGACGCCGAGGGUCGAGCCAUUGACUUUGACGUCUGGGUAGAUGACCUGCAGCUGUUCUUACAGUGCGAUAGGGCAGACAGUCUCUCCCUCUUUGACCUCACCUCUGGUGCCUCUCCUGCUCCUGCUGCUGAUGCUGACGCCACUGUUCGCUCACAGUGGGCCACGCGCGAUGCUGCUGCACAUCUUGCUGUGCGUCGCCACCUCCCUACCUCUGAGCGUGCGCACUUUAGUCAGUACAAGAGUGCUCAGACCUUGUACGACGCUGUAGUUGCACGCUACUCCUCCCCUGCCACUACUGCACUGAGCCGUCUCAUGCUACUGGGUGUUCCCCCUCCCCCCUUCUGCCCUCUGUUGCCUCUGCUGCUGCGGCCGACCUCCUUGGUCUUGAGUCGGUCGGUGCGGCGUCUGCCUCUAGCGGGAGACGCCGCUCUGGCAGGGGCAAGGGGGGCAGGGGCGCUGGAGGAGCGAGCGGGGGCGGUGGAGGUGGAGGUGGAGGCGGCGGGGGGAGUGGGGGUGGCGGUGGGAGUGGAGGUGGGGGUGGAGGUGUCGGUGGCGGCAGUGGAGGCGGAGGCGGCGGCGGCGGUGGCGAUGGGAGCGGAGGUGGCGGAGGUGGUGGCGGUGGAGGAGGCGGUGGAGGCGGCGGUAGUAGCGGAGGCGGCGGUAGUAGAUGAGGCGGCGGAGGCGGCGGAGGCGGCGGGGGUGGCGGUGCAGCUGGUCGCGGGUCUACGCAGAGGAGUGGCUCCGGUGGUGGUCCGCGCUAGCAGCAGCAGCACGGUCGAGCUACCUUGUCCCCUCAGCAGCUCCUGUGGGGGUACGCACCCCACCCAGCGCUGCUUUGGCCGCCUAACGGACGCGUGGCGUCACCAGUUCCCUGAGGCCACAGAGAUCCCUCGCUGGGGCGAGCUGUCUAGGGCGGGAGUUGCCAUCUAUGAUCUUAAUUUUGAUGCUAUCCUUUCUGCCAUGUAUGCUGUGUCUAUUAGUGAUGAGGGUGACUGUUACCGGUGUUUCCCGCCCGACCCGGGCAUUGAGACUGCUGCUCUAGGUACUGGUGAGGCUGCUGCUCUAGGUGCCAGUGAGGCUGCUGCUCUAGGUGCCAGUGCGUCUGCGUCCUCACGUGCUGGUGAGUCUGCGCUCGCAGGUACCGCGUCGGCUUCGGUCUCCCUCACCUUCACACUUGACUCAGGGGCUUCUCGCUCCUUCUUUCGAGACCGCACCACACUCACGCCGCUUGGUCGGCCGGUUGCAGUCUCCCUGGCAGACCCCUCUGGGGGUCCUGUCCUUUCUCACUUCUCCACUGACCUCCCGUGUCCAGCGGCCCCCUCUAGCACCUUGUCUGGUCUAUACCUCCCCUCAUUCUCUUCGAACUUGGUGAGUGGUGCUGACCUACAGGAUGCGGGGGUUCACCAGUUUACUCCUGCGAGUCAGCGGGUGACCCACUGCUCGGACGCUCGCACAGGCCGGCACCUGGCCACGUUUACGCGUCGCCCGGGGUCGAGCCUAUACACCCUGACCACUGAGUCUCCUCCUGUCCCUGCGUCUGGUCAGGUAGCUGCGUCGGGUCAGGUGUUUGCUGCAGCGUUCAGGUCUGGUCCUGAGUCUGCCCCCUGCUCGUGUCGCCUCCUGUCUCACGAGACUCUCCUCUGGCACCACCGCCUUGGUCACCCCUCCCUGCCUCGUCUCCGUGGCAUGGCCUCUUGUGUCCUUGUCUCUGGCCUUCCCCGGUUCCUCCCUCCCCUUCCUCCGGGGCCUGGCCCCACCUGCGUCCCCUGUGUCGAGGGGCGGCUGCGGGCUGCCCCUCACUCCUCUCAGUUUCCCCCGACAGAGGCCCCUCUGCAGACGCUUCACAUGGACGUGUGGGGCCCGGCCCGCGUCCGUGGACAGGGUCACGAGCGCUACUUCCUGCUAGUGGUUGACGACUACUCGCGUUACACCAUUGUCUUCCCCUUGCGCAGCAAGAGUGAUGUCACUGCGGUGUUGAUCGACUGGAUCCGCGCAGCUCGUCUCCAGCUCAGGAGGAGCUUCGGCUCGGACUUUCCUGUUCUGCGUCUGCACUCUGACCGAGGCGGAGAGUUCUCCUCUGGCCUUUUGCGAGCCUACUGUCGUGCGCGAGGCAUCCGCCAGACCUUUAUGCUUCCGGACUCUCCACAGCAAAAUGGGAUUGCUGAGCGCCGCAUUGGCAUGGUCAUGGACGUCGCCCGAACGUCCAUGAUGCAUGCGGCUGCCCCCCAUUUUCUGUGGCCGUUUGCGGUUCGGUACGCGGCGCAUCAGAUCAACCUUCACCCCAGGGUCUCCAUGCCGGAGACCUCCCCAGCUUUGCUGUGGACGGGGAAGGUAGGCGAUGCGUCUGCGUUCCGUGUCUGGGGAUCUCGGGCGUUUGUCCGCGACUUGUCUGCGGACAAGCUGUCCCCUCGUGCUGCUCCUUGCGUCUUCCUUGGCUUCCCCCCUGACGCGCCAGGGUGGCAGUUCUACCACCCCACCUCUCGUCGUGUUCUGUCCUCCCAGGACGUCACGUUUGACGAGUCGGUCCCUUACUACCGCCUCUUCCCCUACCGCACUCCGUCCCAUCCCCCACCACCGCUCUUCCUUGUGCCAAGUCCCCCCCCGGUAGACCCCCUCCCCCCUCAGGGUCCUGCCCCUUCAGGUGUGUCCCAGGUAGAUGCAGUCGAGCCUGUCGAGGUUACUAGUGACUCUGGUGCUGCUGAGGGUGCUGAGCGUGUGGGUGCUACGCCUGGGGGUGCUGAGCCUGAGGGUGCUACUACUGGGGGUGCUGAGUCUGGGGGUGCUGAGCCUGGGGAUGCUACGCCUGGGGUUGCUGAGCCUGGGGGUGCUGAGCCUGGGGGUGCUACGCCUGGAGGUACUGAGCCUGGGGGUGCGGAGCGUGAGGGAGCUGGGCCUGCUGGUGCCGUGUCUGGCGGUUCUCCGGGUGCUUCGUCUUGCCGGGAGCCACUCUCUCCACAGUUGCUGCGUGAGUGGUUUGCCCGGCGCUGGAGGCUAGCUGCUGGAGCUGGAGGUGCUGCGGGUACAGGAGGUUCUGAUGCUGCUCAGGGAGCUGGUGCCACGGCUGGAGCUGCUGCGGGUGUUGGCGCGGAGGCUACUGCUGUCGGUCCUGGAGGCGGUCCUGCUGGGGGUACUACUGGUGCUGCUGGAGGUACUGGAGCUGGAGCUACUACUGGUGCUGGUUCUUCCACUGGGGGUGCUGGUGCUGUCCCUGCUGUGUCUGGAGUCGCCGCGCGUCCUCGGCCGUACUUCGCUCCGCUCCUUCAGCAGGUUCUUGGUCUCCCGUCUUCUACUGGUCCUCCUCCUCCCUUAGAGAGUCCACAGCCUGUCCCGUCGCAGUUACAGUUACAGCCGGCCUCCCCACUGCCUGCUCCGUCUCCCUACACUGGUCCUACUGGAGGUCUUGCUGAGCGUCGUGAGCCUGCGUCUCGCCCUGCGUCGCCUGUCCGUGCUGCUCGCACUAGUGGUCGCAGUUCGCGUCAGCGUCCUCCUCCUGUCCCUGGCACGCACCGGAUGUCUUUGCGUCCGUCCACUGCUCCUCUGCGUGCCCCUUUGCCUUCUCCUCUUGAGUCUUCUCUUCCUGCUCUUGCCGACCCGGAGUCGGACUCUCUUCGUGCUGCCAGUCCUACUAUCACACGUCUCCUUGCUACUGUCGUCACUGACCCUUCUUUUGAGUCCAGUGCUGCGUCUGCCCUAGUUGCUGAGCUCGUCGACUUUGCUGCUCGCUAUCGUCUAGACUACGCUGCUAGUCUUGUCGCUGAGUCUGAGUCUGUCUGUCCUCCGUCCGUCGGGGACCCGGAUGCACUUGACAUCCCGACUCCGCGCUCUUAUGCGGAGGCCGUAGAGGGUCCCUACUCCUUUCAGUGGCAGGCAGCUAUGGAUGCAGAGAUGGCUUCCUGGAAGUCCACAAGCACCUACGUUGACGCGGUUCCCCCACCUGGGGCGAACAUCGUCAGUGGCUUGUGGAUCUUCAGGGUGAAGCGGCCGCCAGGUUCUCCACCUGUCUUCAAGGCGCGGUACGUGGCUCGUGGCUUCAGUCAGCGGCAGGGAGUUGACUACUUUCAGACCUUCUCUCCCACCCCGAAGAUGACCACUCUUCGGGUGCUGCUGCACAUAGCCGCUCAGCGCGACUACGAGCUUCACUCUCUUGACUUCAGCACUGCUUUCUUGCAGGGUAGCCUGCACGAGGAGAUCUGGCUGCGCCGCCCACCUGGCUUCACUGGGACUUUUCUUCCUGGCACCCAGUGGAGCCUCCGGCGGCCAGUCUACGGUCUUCGCCAGGCACCGCGUGAGUGGCACGACACACUGAGGACUACGCUUGCGGCUCUUGGGUUUGCUCCCUCUACUGCCGACCCGUCGCUGUUUCUACGCACCGACACCUCUUUGCCGCCGUUCUACAUCCUCGUGUACGUGGACGACUUGGUCUUUGCCACUGCUGACACUGCUGGACUCGCCCACGUGAAGUCCGAGCUGCAGAAGAGACACACGUGCACAGACCUGGGUGAACUGCGCAGCUACCUUGGCUUGCAGAUCACCCGGGACAGAGCACAGCGCACCAUUACCCUGACUCAGUCACACAUGGUGCAGCAGGUCCUUCAGCGCUUCGACUUCACGUACUCCUCGCCUCAGGCCACUCCUCUGUGUACUCGCCACUCGCUCUCAGCUCUGCCUUCGGAUGAGUCCGUAGAGUCGAGUGGCCCGUACCCAGAGCUUGUUGGCUGCCUCAUGUACCUGAUGACUUGCACACGACCUGACCUUGCAUACCCUCUUAGCAUUCUUGCACGCUAUGUUGCUCCUGGGAGACACAGACCGGAGCACAUGGCUGCAGCGAAGAGGGUGUUGCGCUACUUGUGCAGUACGUCGGGCAUGGGGCUAGUGCUUGGAGGGCAGAGUCCAGUGGUCCUCACUGGGCACGCAGACUUUUCUUGGGCUGACGACCAGGCUACACAACGGUCGUCACAGGGUUACACCUUCAGCCUUGGUUCCGGCUCUGUUUCGUGGCGGGCUACUCGCUCGUCUUCCGUUCUCGGCUCCAGUUGUGAGGCUGAGAUCUACGCAGGAGCCAUGGCUGCACAGGAGCUUCGCUGGCUCACCUACCUGCUGACUGACCUCGGAGAGCCGCCUCGUUCUCCUCCAGUACUGUACGUAGACAACAAGGCCAUGCUGGCCUUGUGUCGGGAGCAGCGCCUGGAGCACAGAACGAAGCACAUUGCUCUCCGCUACUUUCUUGCUCGUGAGCUGCAGCAGCGUGGUCAGAUGCGACUUGCGUACGUGGCCUCUGAGGCCAACACUGCUGAUAUCUUCACUAAGGCACUUACGCCUUGUGAUCAUCAGUGCUUCUGUACUCAGCUUGGUCUUGUGCCUGCCUUGCCUCACUUGCUCACUUCUUGA